ACCUCUUCCUGAUCCUCUACAGUCCGUUUCCUCAAAAGCUCUUUCGUCGCCCUAUCGAGACUCCCACAAUCUGAAGAUCAUACUUCAGAAAUGACCACAACUAUCUCCGUAGCUUCUCCAGCGGACUUCCAUGUCCAUCUCAGGCAGGGAGAGAUGUCUGCGCUCGUUACUCCUCACGUCAGAAAAGGAGGAUUCAAUCUAGCCUACGUUAUGCCCAAUCUCAAACCUCCUAUCACUACGACUGAUCAGGCGUUGGAGUACAAAGCAAGCCUGGAGAAGAUCGACCCGAAUGUGGAAUACCUGAUGACCCUUUACCUGUCUCCAGAGCUGACUCCGGAAGAAAUUCGUAAGGCUAAUAAAGCCGGUAUUGCUGGUGUCAAAUCGUACCCGAGAGGCGUCACGACUAAUAGCGAUGGAGGGAUCGAGUCGUACGAAGCGUAUUAUCCUGUGUUCGAAGCCAUGGAGGAUGUCGACAUGGUCCUCAAUCUUCACGGCGAAGUUCCGUCGGAUGCAGCGACAAACAUACAUAUCAUCAACGCAGAGCCCUCCUUCCUCCCUCACCUCGUCAAACUGCACGCCCGAUUCCCCAAGCUCCGCAUCGUGCUCGAGCACGCAACGACCCGUGCCGCUGUAGAAACGGUCAAAUCCCUAGGGGAGACCGUGGCUUGCACCAUCACCGCGCAUCACCUCACCCUGACCGUCGACGACUGGGCCGGUCAAUCAUGGAACUUCUGUAAACCUGUGGCGAAGUUCCCCGACGACAGAGAAGCCCUGCGGGAAGUCAUCCGUGAAGGUCAUCCACGCUUUUUCCUGGGUUCUGAUUCUGCGCCACACCCGCCGAGCACAAAGUCGAUCUCGACACCAUCACAUUCGUGCGCCGCCGGAGUCUACACAUCCCCGAUCCUCCUCCCCCUCACGGCGCAUCUUCUCGAGUCAUUCGGUGCCCUCGACAACCUCGAAAACUUCACGAGCACGUAUGGGCGGCGGUUCUACAGGAGGGAAAUUUCCGGCGCGGGUGCUGCUGCUGCGAAGGUGACACUUCGGAAAGUUGGGGGCAGGGUGGUGGAUGAAAGGUGGACGUUGGAAGGGGAGAGCGUUGUCCCGUUUUGGGCUGGCAAGGAGCUCGGCUGGGAGAUCAUCGAGUGAAUGUGACAGUGUACCGACGAAUAAGUUGAGGAUGUACUCAAAAUUUGUAUUCUGCUGAUUACUGUUUACGGCUUCGAACGUUCUAAGGUUUAC